CCGCCUUUUUAUUGUUAGGUGGUCAUUAGUGAUUACUUAUUUACUUAUUAGCGGGUUGAAUAGUAAUAACUAAUAAGUUAAAUGGUGGAAAUGGUCGAUGGCUGAGUACUGAAUUCUGAAUUCUGGGAUCAGUUUGUUGCGUUGCCGCGUUGGCAUAAAUACACACGUCGUUAAGUUUCUGAAUACGAUUUCAUCACGACGAAACAGAAAUUCAAAGAUCGAUUCGUGCCGGGUAAGCAAACUGUUAACUUGACGACUUUAAUAUCCUGUUCAGGGAUGGAGGACUCACGAGAAUCGACCUUAAACAAAAAGGACGUGAUUGAUGGUACAAGUUCAUCAAGUUACUUGGAGAGCUGUAAAGACUUAGGUGUUAAUAGUUUGGAAAACUUCAGAGGCUCCAAACGCAGUCGUUACUUGUAUCCUGAUACCAAGAUAUGGCCUAUGGGUUAUGGCUUGAAUACUUAUGUGUAUAAACGUAAGCAAAAAAAGUGUCUAAUGAAUAAUGACAAUUUUGAUACAUUACCAGAAGAAAUAGUAUUAAAGAUAUUUAAAAUGAUGGACAAGCGUACUUUACUAAAAUGUGCACUUGUAUGCCAUCAAUGGCGACGUAUUGCAUAUGAUGAAACUUUAUGGCAAUAUUUAAACAUACCGUCUCGCCGUAUGAGUGUCGAGACUUUAGAUAAUAUUCUUGCCCGUAAUAUCAAAUACUUUUCUGCUUCUCAUUCAAAUUUUUAUAUUUUUGGAAACCAGGGUUUAUGUAAAACACCAUUCCCCAAGUUGCAAUACUUAGAUUUGAGUUUUGUAUUUAUGCAUUAUACUAUGCUACGUUCAUUAUUAAGGCAAUGUUCUAAUUUGAUAAAACUGAGUUUGGAAAACUGUACAGUAGAUUUUUUAUGUUGCCAGUACAUUGGACACAAUACCAAUUUAAAAGUACUUAACUUAGCUUCAACAGUUGGUCUUGACCGCAAUAGCUUGGAAUGUAUAAUGUCUCUCCAAAAUUUGGAAGAAUUGAAUGUGUCUUGGGCUAAAUUGGAAGAUGACAAUUUACAUUAUCUGAUGGCAAAUAUGAUCCCAAAUAUAAAAUGCCUUAAUAUUAGUGGAUUUUUGAAACAGUUAGCAGAUUUUGAUUUGUCAAGGUUGAGUAGCCGUUGUACGAAACUAAUUGAAUUGGAUAUUAGUGAUAGCCUUGCUAUUACUGCAAGUAGUGUGGACAAAAUAUUAGAGAAAAACCAUGAAUUAAAAGUGUUGUCCAUUAAUCGAUGUUACAAUAUUGAUACUCCUAGACUGUUAAAUCUAACUGAGCUUUCAAGAAGAAGAAGAAAUUCUAUUAUGAGUUUGAGGGAGGUGAAUUUUAUUGGCAUAGCAGCCAGGCGAAUAUUAGAGGAUAUAGCUAAUAACACAGAUUUGGUUUUGAAAAUAAAUAGUAGCAAGUUUUCUGGUAUUGGCCGUCCAAAACUGGCUCAGAAUAAACAUACCAUUUGGGAAAUUCCUGCUUUCAUAGACUGCUAAUACUUACUCUAUAAGGUUUGACUAAUGUUCCAUUGCCAAUAUACUGUGAUUUAAGUUAUAGACCAUUAGAAUAGUUUUAUGAACUUUUAAAAUUCUAUUUUUUUUUAAUUUCAAUAAUCUUGAAAAAUUAACUAUUAUUUAUUUAUUUUUAAUUGUAUUAAACUAUUACUUUUAUUGAAUAAUUUUGGUAAAAAUGUUUGUCUUCUAAUUUUUAAAUUUAAUAUUUAAAACAUAAAAUAUUAUACAUUUUGACUGAUUAAGUUUUUUUUUAAAAAUAUUUUAGUUGAUAAAAAAAAUAUUUUAUUAUAAACGCAUUUAAUUUAUGACAAUGUUAUAAAAAAUAAAACAAAUUUAAUAUACUAUGUUAAAAUGAUUAUUGUACUAUGUGUUCACUAAAUGUACUAUAUUCAUUUAUGCAAAUUCAAAAUUUAAGAAUGUAUUUUCAUUGAUUUGUUUUUAUUUUAUUGUUAAAAUAUAUUUUUACGAUUCCAUUAAUGUAAAUAAAAGAAUGGAAAA